AUGCUCAACCGAACCCCUCUCACAACCCCCCAACUCACCGCCGCAGCCAUGGCAGCCCUAAACCUCCAACAAACCGCCCAAGACACGCACUCCAAACGCCCCUUGGCCGCCCUCCUUCUAGCACCAGACAACUCCACCAUCUUAUUAUCGGCCCUAUCCAUCUCGCACGUCCGGCAUGCCGAAAGUGAACUCGCCCGUAACGCCGCCGACAAUUUCGUCUUCGACUACCUGGCCCGCUGCCCCAUGGUCUCAACCUGGGAGCCGUGCGCCAUGUGCGCGGGGACCAUCUACUGGGCACAUAUUGGGCGCCUGGUAUGA